CCGGGAUUUACGCACUUUUUUUGGGACGGGAAGAGAUUGACGACACAUUUUUCUGGCGCGCGUCUUUUUGUGUUGUAGUGUGUGCUGUAGUGUGCCACUAUAUUGUUCUUAUUUCACCUAUGGAACUAAAACAAAUAUCGGCCACAACACCCCUGCUUUGAUGGUGCGUAAAAGCUCCACAGCCAUGAACAAGGCGUUGUGCGUUUCGUCCGUGAAAGCUGGGUAAGUUUUGCACCGAGGAGUUCCUGACGGACACUUUGGCAUCCGAGGUAACCUGAUGGAUUUUAAUUAACACAAUCUGCUACUUUCAAGGAAGACAAUUUUUGGGGAACCUUCUGUGUCUCAAUCUGUUGCCAUUUCAGCGAUUUCAUUACGCGUUAUUGCUCUUGCACAUUUACACCUCGCCGUGGCGAUCGCGUGGGAGGAACGAUGUUUUUGUGUAACACAAGUGCCAUAAAGGACUGGAGCUAUUUUCUGUCUCAGAUCUUACCUUUGCUGAAUAAAACUACAAGCCUGGCCGGCAUGGACAAAGCGGAGGACGUUACGACGACCAUGGUGACAGCUCUGCAGCCGGAUAGCGCCAUGAGCGCAAGUAACCCGCCUCUCAAUCCCAACCAUACCUCGGGCACGGAGCACGUCUUUCAGUACUCUUACUCAGAGAGUGACCUGCUGUACACAGACUCCCGGACACCUGCGCGAGACUCCAUCCCGCUGCCCAAAGCGGUUCUCUACCUGGUUAUGGCAGGGCUGGUGGUGGUCGUGGUAGCGUAUGCGAUAGUUGGACACCUCGUCAAAGAUGUGAUUAAUGAGUUUGUUGGUGGAAGCAGGUCGAUGGUUGUUGAGGGUGACGCUGGUGAAACUAGUGAACAAGCUUGGGUGUGUGGCUCUCGUGGACUUACUAACUGCAAUAAUACUGAGAUAAACUGCAUCUCCAACAACAUUAACGUGAUGAGUGAGCUGGCCGAGAGGCCCCGGGUGUUGGAAAUGAGCUACAUAUCCCUGAACCACACAAACUGCCUGAGUGCCAACAGACCGGAGGAGUCAGCAGUCACCAUAGAUGAGACAUUACAGCAGCGACCCCCGGACACACACUCUGGGACUUAACCUGUGAUCUUCCGACCUACCUGGAGAGAUAUAAAGCAACGUGUUUGCUUGCGUUGCUUGUCCAAGUGGAUUUCAUGAAUUGAAGCUCUCUCCACUGUUUCAUCACGUACAGGUGGACUGUAAUACUUGUCUAAUGGUGGGAAAGAGAAGCAUUUGAAUUGUCUUUACUUGAAUAUUGGAGGAAUUGAAUGAUGAUGUUUGUAUCAUAUCGGCCUCUUUUGUGUGGAGAUUGCUAAGUUUGAACGGCUUCAGCUGUUUUUGGACACGCAGGCAGAGAGACAAACGUUUUUUGUGUUAAUGUGACAUAUGCAGUUCAGAGUAACCAUAAACAAUAAGUAAUCACUCUGAAUGUACAAUACACGCUGGUCACUGCUUACAGUCAUUGUAAUUAUUGUAAGAAUUGCGUCAAGCACUUCCAAUGACUGAGGAAGGCAUCAAAUGUUAACGUCCUCGCCACAUGUUGUGUAAUAACGCUGAAACUACUGCGGGAAAAACAUUUUUGCAAAAAAAAGUCAAAUGCUGCGUGUAUUUGGGCAAUUGUAAAGAACAAAUUAAACGUAGUAACCUUUCUUGUUAAAUGUCUGAACAUGGCAUCACCUUUGAAGCAAAAUGUGUUCAUUGUUUUAAUAUUUAAGAUUUCAUGCAAAAUAGCUUCAUGCCAAAGCCUUUGUUUACCUUUCUUACCUCACUGUUAAGGGCUACGUACUACUGUUGAUGAGUUUGUGACAUCACUACGCUACAACAAAUGUGGCUUAUUGGUCUGUGCAUGCUGUGAUCGUUGUGCGCUGCUUCUGUAAACUGUGUUUGGAUGAUCCAGUGAACUACAGUGGAGAGUUGUUCAGGAUGGAUAACACUCUUUUGAUCAACUGGCAGCAGAAUAGAAUCACUACUUAAACAUUAAUUGGGAGCCUGUUCUAUGUUACUGAUGAACUACAUUUUUGUCUCAGAUUUACACAUGCGCAUGUUUGAUGUGAUUCAAGAGACCUGUUGUAAGUGUUAUCUAAAUCAAUGAUGUAACUAUAGCAGAGCUAAUUUUACAGAUGUUUCCAUUGGCAUUUCUGUUCAUAUUGAUGCGGUUAAUCACGUUUAAGUCAUCUAAUAAAUAGUCU